AAAAAUAAAUAAAUCCGUAGAAAACAAAAUCUGUUAUGCUCUUUUCGAUAAAAGACUUCAGAUAAAAAAAUUUACAAUUUUAAAUGUUUUUAAUCAGAAAUAUAUAAUUUUAGACAAUCAAGAUGCGCCUAUUGAAGUGCUGUUGCUGCAUUUCAUUGCAAUUCGGGACGAUGAUCAUCGGCUGCAUAUUCGGGAUUAAGGAUUUUUCGCUGGGAUGUAUUGCCGUCUAUUAUGUGACUCGCAAAGAGUUACCAAUGUGGUUGAUCAAAUUCUUUGACAAGAUGGACGCUCGUUACAGUGUUUUGUGUUUCGCAUUUGUCUUUUACCUUAUGUCUUUUAGCGAUCUAUUGUUGAUCUCUGGAGCAAUGGCGAAAAACCCGGCGUACAUGGGACCUUGGCUUAUAGUGCAUUUCAUAGUGCUCAUUUGCACUAUAGCUACAGCUCUGUUGAAUGCACUUGCAGUUAUAAGAAUCAUUUUAAUCGUGUAUGCCAUGUUGGUUGUGAACUCCUACUAUGAAGAGCUGACAGCUUGAUUGCAUCAAAUUCUGAAGUUUACGUGUACAAAUUGACAGUCAACGUAUUAUUUACAAGAAAAUGCUCUACAUAUACAGCGCUGAGGAUCACCAAAACGGGAGAAUAUCAGUACUUAUACAAAGGCGGCAUAGAGAAAGAGAUUUCCAAAUGACAGAAACGCGGAGUUUCAGAAGCGCCCUUAUAAGAAGGAUUAAGCGCUUUUUUAUACAUUUUUUUAAAUUAUAAAUGCCGUCAAAAGCUACGCUUAAAUCUCAUUAAAAAUCCAUUAAACUCGAUAAUAAAGAACAGCGACAAACAGCGCAAGAAGCGAGAA